AUGUCGUCGUCGUCUUCGUCGUCGAAGAACGCCGACCGGAAGCUGCGGCCAUACUCGACAUCGACACGACGCGAUCGCCGGCGUCCGAAACAUGAACUCGAGUACUUGCGGGCGAAGGUCGUGGAGCUGCAGGAAGAGUUGAUGACCUUAGGUCUCUCGAGCUGGAAAGAAAUUGCGGAACGCCAGAAGCGGGAAGUGGCGACGGCUGUCGACAAGAACCGUCAGCUGCGGAAUCGACUGCUCAAUCAGCUGCAAGUCGCUCAUGCCCUUGAAGCUUCGAUUCGUCAGCAUGAGAGUGACGCUGCGACGUUGUGUCAAUACGAGUGGAUGAACACAGGCAUGAGCGAGGAAGACCGGUCUUCUUUUUCGAGGAUAAUGGACGAGCAAAUCUUUGCUCAGCUGAAUAGUACACUGGAGACGCAGUUAGCAGAAAUUGAUAGCGUUUUCACGACCCACGGGCUAUCGUCUGUGCUACACAAGCUACAAGGUGGCUUUGCGUUCAACCGCGAAGCGAACGGGAUCUCGUUUCGCUACGAGGAGGCGCGACUGCUGCCGUUCCCUUGGCAAGCAUUGCACCAUACGAUCUGGAAUAGUCUCCACGAUGGCUCGAUAUAUAAGCACACGGAAGCGCAGGUGCUCAGCCACGACCGGUCCAACCUCAUUUUUCGCGACACGAUUGAGCUAUCCAAGUCGCGCCCGAUUACUAUUACGAAGUGGGCUGCUUUCCGACGACACAUCGAGCAAGAUCGCGUAGUGUUCGUGUGGAACAUUUACGUGCAAAUCGAUGGCUCUUUGUCCGUGCGUCUAACGGAGAGAGGAUGGACCACGACAUCGACGUUUGAGUUCCAUCGAGAUGUGAGUCAAGGGACCAAUGACUCAAGUGACUUUGUGCAAGGUUGUAUCACUCGUAUGGCUGUUCAAUUGAUUCCCGAAGUCUCCGAGUUCAAAUCGAAGCAAGAGGCUCGGAUGCACGUCGGUGAGAUGGCGGACCAUAUCGUUGGCUACUUCCAUCACAAUUAUAGUUUUGUCCAUGAAGUCGCAGAGAAGCUCUUACAGAGCAGUCCUGGCACCGACGGCAACGAAGAAGGUGUAAAAAGCGGCGUGGUGCAGAUGUUUUAA